CAUUGUCGGUGGAGAGUGGACUCUCUCUCUCUCUCUCUCUCUCUCUCUCCUUCACAGAUUUAUGAUAACCCGCCAAGCUAAGCUAAGCUAAGCUUAAGCUUAAGGUAAGCUAAAGCUCGUACCUUUUUUACACCAAAGCCUCUCUCUUUCGAAUAAUAAAAAAAAAAAAAAAAACAUACACAAACAAAGGAAAAGGCUUUUUCAGUCUUUCCUCUCUGGAAGUCUCUCUGUUUUCCUGUCUUGGGUUCUCUGAUACCUCCUCAUUUGUGGGCAAAGGAAGAAGCUUUAUUGGGAGAUAUUGAGAGAAUGAGCAGCGUUGGAGGUGAUUCAAUGGAGGCCCAAUAUAUAAGGAGGCAUCACAGGCACGAACCCAGAGAGAACCAGUGCACUUCUGCUCUGGUUAGGCAUGUUAAAGCCCCUGUGCAUCUUGUAUGGUCAUUAGUCAGGAGAUUUGAUCAACCCCAGAAGUACAAGCCCUUUGUUAGCAGGUGCAUCAUGAGGGGGGACCUUGGCAUUGGGAGUCUUAGAGAAGUGAAUGUUAAAUCUGGGCUUCCAGCAACAACCAGCACUGAGAGGCUGGAGCUUCUCGAUGACGACGAGCACAUUCUUGGCAUCAGGAUCGUUGGUGGUGAUCAUAGGCUCAGGAAUUACUCUUCAAUUAUUACCGUCCAUCCUGAGGUUAUAGAUGGGAGACCAGGGACACUAGUUAUCGAAUCCUUUGUGGUGGAUGUGCCUGAUGGAAAUACCAAGGAUGAGACAUGCUACUUUGUUGAGGCCCUGAUCAGGUGCAACCUCAAGUCUUUGGCUGAUGUCUCGGAGAGGAUGGCUGUCCAGGAUCGAACAGAACCUAUCAAUCAUUAGCGGAUUUGGGGGAUGAAACAGGAGCGCGAUGACUAUAGUUAUACCGGUUGUCGUUUUUGUCUCCGAUGCUGUGUAGAGUUAGUAGGAGCUUUCCUUCCAUUCACAGAAGUUUUGGGAACAUCGCUGGUUUUUGCAUUUCUGACCGAUGAAGAUCCUUCUCUUUUCCAACUGCUCUUGGAUGGUCUGUCUUACUCUGAAAAUGAUCCUUGUGGUUCGUCGUACUUGUGUUUGAAGGAUGGACUUUGUAGGUUGUUAUAAGCUCUCCAUGAUUGGAAAGGGAAAGUUACUGUGAAUUUUAUUUUUUUCAUGGUGGUUUUGUGCAUGGUGGUACAAAUGUUAGUAUGACUCUGCUCUGUAAAAAUUUGUCUUGGCAAAGAGAUGGUAUCUAUGGGCUGGGGUUUUCAUCUUGUAGUGCAGGAAGGAUAUUCAGGAGAAGCACCACGCUGCUUUGUUGUUUGUUUUGUAUAUACUUGUGUAUUUGUAUUUGUAUUCGUAUUCAUAUUCGUAAUAAAUUAUUGUAAUUGCUCUA